AUGGAGGUAAUUGCUCUUCUUUCAACAAGAGUCAUCCAGAUGGUCCUCCACAGUCAGGGAAAGGAACUAAGAAGCUUUUACCUUGUGUUAGUCAGAAGAUUAACAGAACCUUCUGGAUAUUUGACAGAUGGUCCAAUUAACUAUAAGUAUAAAACUAAAUGUACAUGGCUAAUUGAAGGCUAUCCAAAUGCAGUGUUAAGAUUAAGAUUCAAUCAUUUUGCUACAGAAUGUAGCUGGGAUCAUAUGUAUGUGUAUGAUGGAGAUUCAAUAUAUGCACCUUUAAUAGCUGUACUUAGUGGUUUGAUAGUUCCUGAAGUAAGGGGUAAUGAAACUGUGCCUGAAGUUGUUACAACAUCUGGCUAUGCACUGUUACACUUUUUUAGUGAUGCUGCAUAUAAUCUAACUGGUUUCAACAUUUUCUAUUCAAUCAAUUCUUGUCCUAAUAAUUGCUCUGGUCAUGGGAAGUGUACAACUAGUAUCUCUGUUCCAAGUCAAGUUUAUUGUGAAUGUGAUAAAUACUGGAAGGGUGAAGCUUGUGAUAUUCCUUACUGUAAAGCUAACUGUGGCAGUCCAGAUCAUGGUUACUGUGACCUAACAGGAGAAAAACUGUGUGUUUGCAAUGACAGUUGGCAAGGUCCUGACUGCUCUUUGAAUGUUCCUUCUACUGAAUCUUACUGGAUUCUGCCAAAUGUGAAGCCCUUCAGUCCUUCAGUAGGUCGGGCUUCACACAAAGCAGUUUUACAUGGGAAAUUUAUGUGGGUGAUUGGUGGAUAUACUUUUAACUACAGUUCUUUUCAAAUGGUCCUGAAUUACAACUUAGAAAGCAGUAUAUGGAAUGUAGGAACUCCGUCAAGAGGGCCUCUCCAAAGAUAUGGACAUUCUCUUGCUUUAUAUCAGGAAAACAUCUUUAUGUAUGGAGGCAGAAUUGAAACAAAUCAUGGCAAUGUUACAGAUGAAUUAUGGGUUUUUAACAUACGUAGUCAAUUAUGGAGUACAAAGACUCCUACUGUUCUUGGACAUGGUCAGCAGUAUGCUGUGGAAGGACAUUCAGCACAUAUUAUGGAGUUGGAUAGUAGGGAUGUUGUUAUGAUCAUAAUAUUUGGAUAUUCUGCAAUAUAUGGUUAUACAAGCAGCAUACAGGAAUACCACAUAUCAUCAAACACUUGGCUUGUUCCAGAAACUAAAGGAGCUAUUGUACAAGGUGGAUAUGGCCAUACGAGUGUGUAUGAUGAAAUAACAAAGUCCAUUUAUGUUCAUGGAGGCUACAAAGCAUUACCAGGCAAUAAAUAUGGAUUGGUAGAUGACCUUUAUAAGUAUGAAGUCAACACAAAAACUUGGACUAUUUUGAAAGAAAGUGGGUUUGCCAGAUACCUUCAUUCAGCUGUUCUUAUCAAUGGAGCUAUGCUUAUUUUUGGAGGAAAUACCCAUAAUGACACUUCAUUGAGUAACGGUGCAAAAUGUUUUUCUGCCGAUUUCCUGGCAUAUGACAUAGCUUGUGAUGAAUGGAAAACAUUACCAAAACCAAAUCUUCAUAGAGAUGUGAACAGAUUUGGACAUUCUGCAGUAGUCAUUAAUGGGUCCAUGUAUAUAUUUGGGGGAUUUUCUAGUGUACUCCUUAAUGAUAUCCUUGUAUAUAAGCCUCCUAAUUGCAAGGCUUUCAGAGAUGAAGAACUUUGUAAAAAUGCUGGCCCAGGGAUAAAAUGUGUUUGGAAUAAAAAUCACUGUGAAUCUUGGGAAUCUGGGAAUACAAAUAAUAUUCUUAGAGCAAAGUGCCCUCCCAAAACAGCCAUUUCUGAUGAGAGAUGUUACAGAUAUGCAGACUGUGCUAGCUGUACAGCCAAUACAAAUGGGUGCCAAUGGUGUGAUGACAAGAAAUGCAUUUCUGCAAGUAGCAACUGCAGCAUGUCUGUCAGAAACUACACAAAAUGUCAUGUGAGAAAUGAGCAGAUUUGCAAUAAACUUACCAGCUGUAAAAGCUGUUCACUAAACUUGAAUUGCCAGUGGGAUCAGCGACAACAAGAAUGUCAAGCUUUACCAGCUCAUCUUUGUGGAGAAGGAUGGAGUCACAUUGGGGAUGCCUGUCUUAGGAUCAAUUCUAGUAGAGAAAGCUAUGACAAUGCAAAACUUUAUUGCUAUAAUCUUAGUGGAAAUCUUGCUUCAUUAACAACUUUAAAAGAAGUAGAAUUUGUUCUGGAUGAAAUACAGAAGUAUACACAGCAGAAAGUAUCACCUUGGGUAGGCUUACGCAAGAUCAAUAUAUCCUACUGGGGAUGGGAGGACAUGUCUCCGUUCACAAAUACAACAUUACAGUGGCUUCCUGGUGAACCAAAUGAUUCUGGAUUCUGUGCAUAUUUAGAAAGGGCUGCAGUGGCUGGGUUAAAAGCAAAUCCUUGUACAUCCAUGGCAGAUGGCCUUGUCUGUGAAAAACCUGUUGUAAGUCCAAAUCAGAAUGCAAGACCUUGCAAAAAGCCAUGCUCUCUAAGAACUUCGUGUUCCAACUGUACAAGCAAUGGCAUGGAAUGUAUGUGGUGCAGUAGUACAAAGCGAUGUGUGGACUCUAAUGCUUACAUCAUAUCGUUUCCAUAUGGACAAUGUCUAGAAUGGCAAACUGCCACCUGCUCUCCUCAGAAUUGUUCUGGAUUGAGAACAUGCGGACAAUGUUUGGAACAGCCUGGAUGUGGCUGGUGCAAUGAUCCUAGUAAUACAGGAAGGGGACACUGCAUUGAAGGGUCUUCGCGAGGACCAAUGAAACUUGCUGGAAUACACAACGAGAUGAUCCUUGACACUAAUCUCUGCCCUAAAGAAAAGAACUAUGAAUGGUCCUUUAUCCAGUGUCCAGUAUUUGAUGGAGGUCAUAAAGGAAGACAUCUUGCGUAG